UCAUGAGGACGUCAUUGUCGUGACGUGCUUAUAUUCAGUCAAUUUUAAAUCUAAUCGCCUUUGGAAUAGAAACAACAUUACAAUUUGUAGUUUAAUUUCGAAACUUAAAAUAGACUUCGGACUGCUUGAUAGACAGAAGUCCUACUUUUGGAAUUUUUGGUUUAAGUACCUACAUAUAUACCUACCAAAACUACAAUCGUCAUCGAACCUUCAUAGAUUUGGUUGGACUCAUUCAUUUCAAAUUGGUUGAAGUUGGAGCUGCGUUGAGUGGUUAGGUGUGUUGGCAAGCCGAAGUAAAUAUCGCUGUUAUCGUAGAUAAAUAACUACAAGCGAUUUCUACAAAGCUGCCUUUGUGGUUUCGAGGAAAAGCUGUGCGUGAUCAUCUCCGUCGCCGUCAAGAGGUAACUAUUAUUUACAAAAUGGGUAGAAAAGUGUUCGUAGUUGGCGUCGGAAUGACGAAGUUUGUCAAACCGAACUCUGGAAAAGACUAUCCAGAUUUAGGUAAAGAGGCAGUGUUGGAUGCUUUGGCUGACGCUGGUAUAAAGUACGAAGAUGUACAGCAAGCAGUGUGUGCAUAUGUAUUCGGGGAUUCCACUUGUGGCCAAAGAGUCUUAUAUCAAGUCGGCAUGACAGGCAUCCCAAUAUACAAUGUCAAUAAUAACUGCUCUACUGGCUCUAAUGCUCUAUUCCUCGCAAAGCAACUCAUUGAAGGUGGAAAUGCUGACGUCAUUCUGGCUGUUGGUUUCGAAAAAAUGGCGUCAGGUCCCCUAGGUAGCGGCGCUUUCACAGACAGAACCAACCCUAUGGACAGACAUGCAUUGAAAAUGGCAGAGUUAACUGACAUUGCAGCUGCACCUAUGACUCCACAGUUCUUUGGCAAUGCGGGUAUAGAACACAUGAAGAAAUAUGGCACAACUGAGGUACACUUUGCCAAAAUUGCAGCAAAAAAUCACAGACAUGGGGCAAAGAAUCCGCGAGCACAAAGCACCAGGGAGUACACAGUUGAAGAAGUAUUGAAUUCCAGAAAGAUUUACGGCCCUUUGACUAAGUUACAAUGUUGUCCGACUAGUGAUGGAGCCGGUGCAGCUGUGCUUAUGUCAGAGGAAGCAGUUAUUCGUUUCGGACUGCAGAGUAAAGCUGUUGAGAUUAUUGGUAUGGAGAUGGCAACAGACACCGCUGAGAUUUUUACGGAAAACAGUUUAAUGAAAAUAGCUGGUACUGAUAUGACAGCUUUGGCUGCGAAAAGGUUGUACCAGAAGACUGGUAUUUCACCCAUGCAGAUAGAUGUUGUGGAACUCCAUGACUGUUUCUCUGCGAAUGAGUUAAUAACAUAUGAAGGGUUACAAUUGUGUGGUGAGGGUGAAGCGGGGAAGUUUAUUGAUGCGGGCGACAACACUUACGGUGGGCGAGUUGUUGUCAACCCCAGUGGAGGGUUGAUAGCCAAAGGCCAUCCAUUGGGAGCGACGGGCCUGGCCCAGUGUGCAGAAUUAGUGUGGCAACUCCGCGGAGAGGCGGGCCAGAGACAGGUGCCACGCGCUAGGCUAGCUCUGCAACACAACUUGGGUCUUGGUGGAGCAGUGGUCCUCACGAUGUACCGUAAAGGUUUCUCCGACGCUUCCCCCAAGAAUGUCGCCGUCGCCGACAGACCCGACGACUUCAAAGUCUACAAAUACCUGAAGAUUCUCGAAGAGGCCAUGAAAGAUGACAAGGAUAAUCUCAUCGAAAAGGUCCGAGGCAUCUACGGAUUCAAAGUCAGGAACGGCCCCAACGGGCUCGAAGGUUACUGGGUCAUAAACGCGAAAGAAGGCAGAGGAAAAAUCACAUACAACGGCACAGAGAAACCAGACGUCACAUUUACUAUCAACGAUGAAGAUGUUGCUGACCUUAUUUCAGGCAAACUCAACCCACAGAAAGCAUUCUUCCAAGGCAAAAUCAAGAUUCAAGGGAACAUGGGACUCGCGAUGAAACUGACAGACUUACAGCGCCAAGCUUCUGGAAGGAUCGAACAGAUUCGGUCGAAAUUAUAAAUUCCACGACCCAAAUCUUUCGGCAAUCUUCGGUUACGGAUGGUGUGGGGCAUUUCAUAAGCUUACUCUCUCUGUCGUGUUCUAUGAAUUUGUUGGAGACAGAGAAUUUUUAUAAGGAAUAUAAUUUCCAGUUACGAUUAAUCUAGGUGCAAUAGGAAAGUUGAAAAUUAAAAUUUUUAUCACUUUUUCAUUAAUUAUGUUAUCAUUCCAAAUGACAUAUUGUAUCGAUAUUUUGUUAUUAUUAUACUAAUGGUUUUGUACAAA